AUGGCCCACGACACAGCGUACUACGGUCAGCCGGACAUGCCCCGGGUCGGUCAGCACGAUGUUCUCUGGAAGGCGCUGAAGGCGGUCCACUUUGCCUCGUCUCUCCGAGAACUGUGCGUAAAUUCCCUCGUGUUUGCUCUCAGCACGCUCAACCCCUCGGAAGCCUUUGAUUUCACGACCAUCGCUCCUUCCAAGUCAUUCAAGUGCGCUCUCGGCCGGUAUCCCCAGUACGAGUACCACACAGCUCCCCUCGAAGUCGAGACUCUAUCCGUCCUCCGAGAGGCCGUGUGCGAGGCCCUCAAAACGCUCGAACUCACCAUCAUGUCUACUCCCUUGGAUGUCUUGAAGCGCCUGCGGUGGCCGAAGUUGCGCUCCUUGAAGCUGUACAUCCGAUCGCCCACGGACCGAAUCGUACGCAUCGCAAUUCGCCACCAUGUCCAGGCUCCGCACGCUCAAUCUUCGGUUUCAUGUCAAAUGCGACACAUCGGCGAAGAUUGGACGAGUGCCUCGAUGUUCUUCACCGACGCCGAGCCCCCAGCUGUAUCCAGUAACCUGACGGCGGGCACGGUCGGGGGCGGAUAG